AUGGAAGAUUCAAGACCGAGAAAAGCACCAGGGAUCGCUGCUCAAGAGACUGGCCCUGGCCCUGGAUGCUACAGCUUGCCUCCGACAGUCGGCUUUGUCAACCACGACUACACCCGCUUCACCAGUCCGGCCUGUUCUUUCCACCAGAGACUUAACAACAUACACUUGAAAGAUGCCAGCCCUGGACCCCGUUACUAUGUACAACCUGAGGUCACCCGCUUUGGCCGAGUCAGGGGCCCCUCGUAUUCGAUGCUGGCUCGACCCAAACCUCCAGGUCUACCUCGGACCCCCGGGCCAGGCACGUACAGCCCCGAAAGGGUCCCACCUCCGUCCCAACUGAGACCGCCGUCUUUCUCCAUGGGUGCCCGCACUAAGUACCGCCCGGUGGAUCGUGUCCCCGCCCCCAACAGCUACACCCUUCCCAUGCUCCUGGGCCCACAAGUCCCCAACAAACCUUCCAGCCCCUGCUUCACGAUCUCCGGACGAAGCGACAAAGGCAGCUAUUCGGAAGACCUGUCUCGAACGCCCGGCCCGGGAUGCUACGGCACCACCAACCCCAAUGUUUACUUGUGCCGCUUGCCUGCGUUCUCCAUGUUGGGGAGGCUACGGAAGCCCACUAGUGCCUUCCCCACACCGGGGCCUGGGACGCACAGCCCUGAAAAGGUAACAGCACACUUGAAAAGAUCCCCUUCUUACUCCCUGGGAGUUCGCCACUCCGAAUACCUCAUGCCCUUCAUUGUAGACACUCCAGAAUGGUAG